CACACUCGGAAGGCACUUCCGAUCGCGUUGUAAACAGUAGAAGACUUGUAGAAGUGAAAAUGCAGCGAUUUCUUGUGAUAUUGUCCGUUGUUGCCGCUGUCAGGUGUUUCGAAAUGAACGAGGACCAGAUUCAGGUGGCCAACUUUAAUGUGAAGCCAGGAGGUGCACUGCUGUCGUUUGAGAAGGAUUGGGAUGGAAUCACAUGCAAAUUUUCAUAUCAAGCACAGGGUGGAACCAAUGAGGAGUGGACAAUGGGAAUGGUCAAAAGUGAGGACGGCCGGGAUUUCAGCUGUUCUGUAGAACGCCCCAGUGGUCACUCCUACCUCUUCUUCCAAGCCUUUAAAAUGGAAGUCACAGGAAUACCAACUGUAGAGGGGGAGGUCUAUGGGCCUGACAUGACUCCGCUGAAGUCCGAGGAAUACAAAUUUGACAAGGCUGCCAAUCAAAUUACCGAGACAGGGAAAUUCCACUCACAGUUGGACAAAGUCGUGCUCUAUGCCCGGAGGGGAAAGUCCGAGUUAUAAUCCAGUCCCAUCAAAACUUCUCGCAGUCGGAAGUCUACAAAGAGUUCAAAUGUUUCAAAUUUUGAUUCAGUCCUUCAACACAUGUUUCAUCUUUGUACCCCCCCAAAAAAAUCAUAGAAAGAAUUUAUUUAUGAUGAAGGACAAAGGCAGCAUCGAUUUACUAGAGUUUUUCUUCAGAAGAAUGUAGACUGCACCAAGAUUCUUAAGUACUAUCUUAACAAAUAGACAAAAUUAUUGAAAGAUGUAAAGUAUGAUUUGCAGUAGGUUUCCAAUGUUGUAAACCUCAAGUGUUCAUCAGGCUCUGAAUUGUAAUUGCAAUUGUAAUUGUUCGUUUUAUUUUUGCCCUUGUUAUUGGUGGGCAAAUUUAAAGACAGGGCAUAAUUUUUAACUAGACAGAGUUAUCUCAAUUUUAUCACUAUAUCUGGGGGAGGUUAAAAUGUAACCCUUACAUACCAGUAUACAGUUUGAUUGUUAAAAUAAGACUUUUUGUUAAUUAGCACAAUCAAAAGUUUUAAGGAAAGUAGUAGCUGAAGAUGUUUGUUUACAUAGCAUUAAUUCAAAACAUCAGUCACAAAACACAGCUUGUACACGCAUUUCUGCUGACAAUUUCUUCUCUAACACAGCUGUUGUUACAAUUUCUUAUGUAACGAUUCUAAACACAACCUUUACAAGCAUCGCUGCUGACAAUUUCUUCUGUAACGAUUUGAUGCUUGUAUUUAAUCCAUCCUGUAAGGAUGUCUAGUAGAAAUGUUGGAUGUAAUCAUUCCUGUUGGUGCAUACACUUGAUUUAUGUGUACAUGUGUAGUGUUAAGUAACUCGAGUUGCAUUCUGGCUUCCAAAUGAUGAGUACAUUAUGUGAUUCAUUUCAUAAGUAUUGAAUGAUGUAGGACAUGAACAUAAUCAUAUAUUCUUUAUUUUUAUUAAAGUAAGGGUAAACCUAAAUUUGGUGCAUUAUUUACAGAUUACCAGUGUUGUGGGUUAUUCAUAGAAUAGAUUAAGUGUAAUUUUUAAUUACAUUGUAUGAUUGACGAGUUAAAUGGUAAUGUGAUUAGAUAUGAAAGGCGUGACUGUCUUAAAACGCUUGUACAUGUGUCAAUAAAUAUCUAUCAGGAGCUAUGAGAGGUACUGCUGUCUAGAAAUGUUUGUACAAUCAAGACUCAGUUUAGGUAAAUUAAUUUUGCAGAAGACUUUGUGAUAAAAUCUGUUGUCAAUCAAUCAUUAAAUGUGUAAUAUGAUUUGAUCAUCAGUGAUGACUUUAAACUGCUGUAUUUAACAUAAAACCAGCGGAUUUCACAGAUUUUUACAUGAGUGGCAUUUUUUUCCCUUUUUUGUCUUGCAGUGCGAUUGAUUUUAUGUGAUGUUUUUGUGUACCUUCAGUCUAAGGGUCUUGAUAUGUAAAACUUUUAUGUCUUCCUGCAAAUUAUGUCAGGGUCACAUUAUUUGAAGAUACUAGGUCAAGCAUUGGUCAGUUAGAUAAGGUCAAGGUUAAUGGGAGAAAAAAAUCAAUAAUCUAGUCCUGCAACAACAUCCUACAUUUGUAAUAGAUAGAAUAAACUUACUAAAGAUCUGAGGGAAUGUGAACUUUUAAUGAUUAUUGUUUAUUGAAAUUCAAGGUCACAUAUUAGGAUUGUGUAAUGGAAGGGUCAGAGGUCAUAAAUAUGAAUAGGUGUAUUUCACAGCCAUUUAAAGGAAAAAAUGAUAAUAGUUGAAGUCAAAAAGAUUGCAAUGUAAUGACAUAUUUUUCUUUUUCAACGGAAAUGAUAUAGGAUACCAAACACGAGGCUUGUUUCUGAAUUAUGAUCAGAUGGUGUGUGCGGACCAACAACUGAUCAAAGGGGAGGAAUUCAAAAUUAAGUUAAAAAUUAAAGAGUAAAUGUGGAAGAAUGUGACAAAGCUAUACAAUCAAUAUACAAGUAACCGUUAUGUACCCUAGUUAUUGUUCCUAGAUAAGCGUAGUCCAGGUGCGGUGUUAUUAUUGUUCUCAGUUAAUGUCUGUUUAAUAAGCUAGUCUAUUUCUGCUUUUCAAACUUAAUCCAUACAAUGUGUUUAGUGUGCUUGUGAAUGAAAAGUGUCAGUGACUUCGAAGCUAUUGAAUGUGUAUUGUGUCUAGUUGCAAGUUUGUCAGCCACAGUUUCACGUUUAACAUUCUUGUAUAUUGCUAAAUUUUCUCAUUUAUACAAAAUUUAUCAUUGUAUAUGUAUAAAUGCAUAAAAGGGAUAAUAAAAAGGAUAUUAUUUAUCAUA